CCGCCCACGACAAUCUCAGGUACUUCACUGCCAAAGACAGCCACACCAUGAAGUAUACGAUUGUGCUCCUCGUCUUCACUACUCUCAUCGCCGUUGCCCUCGCUGGCUACGCGUAUGGUGGCUAUGGAGGAUACGGACUUGGCGGCUACGGUGGCUACGGCGGCUAUGGAGGAUACGGAGGCUAUGGGGGAUACGGCGGCUAUGGUGGUUAUGGUGGCUACGGAGGUUACGGCCGCGGAUAUGGCGGAUAUGGAGGCUAUGGCGGAUAUGGUGGCUACGGAGGAUAUGGUGGAUACGGACACGGAGGUUACGGUGGUUACGGCCGUGGCUACGGAGGCUACGGCGGUUACGGAGGCUACGGUCACGGAUACGGCGGCUACGGCCACGGGCACGGAGGCUAUGGUCACGGAUACGGAUUCAAAAAGAUAAUCUACGGCCAUGGAUACGGCCACGGCGGUUACGGACAUGGAGGAUACGGAGGCUAUGGUCAUGGCUACCACGGCUGAAAUUCAGUUGCUUUCAUUGUGAGUGCUCCUGUCUUAAUAAAAACCUCUGCCCUCUCCCUUCAAAAGGACUGUUCUU